AUCCAAUCGACAGGAGAAGGAAGAUGGCCUCUUCGGAUAUCGCCUCGACUUCGUAUGUAGCUGCAAGGGACUAUAAAGCAAGCUUGCCGGCCCACGAUGCAUUACCAUACUAUGACGAUGAAAUAGAUCGGGUUGGAAUGCGUGCAAAAGUGGAACGUGAAUUGGCAGCAGAGAUGAAGAAUGGUGGUGAAAUGGCAACAUUUGAUGAAAGCAGACUUCCACCAAAGAUAGAUUUUUUUACAAACAACCCCCAUCUACUCGAACAAUUGGAAAGAAUACAACAAUUUAUCCCACCUAGCGCAAUUGACACACACCGAUAUCGAAUGGACGAUCCAUCCGAUCCAAAAGAUGAAAAGGCAUGGGAAGAAGCGAUUGCAAAUGCAGAAGCACAAUUGAUGCAUUCGGAUAUCCGAUCGACAAAUUUGGAGUUGCUCAAGAAGUUCGGUUCAAAUCAAUGGCGCUUACACAAUUUCCAACAAGAGGCAUUCGUACGUGCAUUCACACAAGAAGGAGAACGAAUAAAAUCACAAUCGGACAAUAUCAACCGAACCAGAAAAGCCGAGCAAACGCAAGCUGGAGAGGAGCUUUCCCGAUUGAAUAAACGCUGGGCAGAGCUUCUGAAUCGAUCACUAUCAGUUGAGCUGGCAAACGUUGUUGCACAAGGCGAUAUAGAGGAGCUCCAAGCACGUAAAGCGAAAUUGCAAAAACGUCUUGCUGAACUAGAUUCAUCGGCAUGACAACUGUAUUAUAAAUUCAAUCACUGUACAAUAUACAAAACUAUGAUACAUUAGAGCAAAACAUAUUAAAAAU